AUGAUGCUCCACUAUUGGGCAUUUGGUAACGGAAAUACAGUCUUGGCGAAGGUUAGCACGAAGAGACAGCGGACGGACGGCGUCAAAGAUGUUCAAGAUGUCCAAGAUAUCAAGGAGGGUGUCAAGACAGAGGCAGAGGGCGAUCCCAGCAAGGUCAUCUCCUGGAAUGUCAACGGGCUUGCGGUCCAGCUUCGGAACAACUGGAGCAUUAUCAAGGCUUUCCUGGAGAAGGACGUAAUUUGCCUCCAGGAAGUGCGGCUUCCGGCGGCUGGACCCAAAGGCUGCAAGCGCGGUGACGGGCAGAAGCGCUGCAGGGGCGAGGCAAAGCACGAGUCAGCUCAAGAGAAGGCGGACUGGGAUCUUGUUCAGCGGACCAUUGUUGCCACCUUCACAAAGACAUAUAGCUUCCACUGGUCGCUUGCUGACUGGAAAUAUUCAGGCACGCUGAUGAUGAUUCGAAGGAGUCUUCGACCCUCCCACAUUACGUACACGUGCUCUACGUUUGGCGAUCACCCGGCUCAUGUCGAUCCAGCAGACAGCAAGUGGCAUCCGGAGGGGAGAAUCAUCUGUGCCAGCUUCUCCACGUUCGAGUUGCUUGCGACAUAUUCCCCUAACAACGGCAGUGACCAGGAAUCCUUCGCGAGAAGAGCCGCCUGGGACAAAGCGUUGAAGCAGGCUGUUGUGCAACGAACUCGGCCUCUGGUUUGGAUCGGUGAUCUGAACGUCGCGGCGGAGCGUUUUGACGUCACGCAUCCCGAAUGGUUCGCCCAGCAGUGCUACCAGGGUGAUCCAGAAGACAUGCGUGGCCAGCCUGGUUUUACUGAAGGUGAGCGCCAGCGAUUCAAAGAUCUCCUUGUCUCUGGUCGAUUGGUGGAUGCUUACAGGCGAUUGCACCCCACCGAGGAUGUCCCGCCAGCGGCGGGGCCCUAUUACACUUGGCGAGGGCAUCCUCCUGUCCAUCAGGCUGUGGCGAAAUACCACGGGAAGGGAAUGCGAAUUGACUAUGCGCUAGUGGCAGAGGACAGCUGGAGUUGGUCAAGACAGAGUUCAGAGACCGAUGGUCUGCUCUCUGCGUCAACGUCUCUCAGUCAUCCCUCCUUCUCUGUAUCUGCGUCUUUUGCCAGUCCAGUGAGUCCAAUGUUCGUCGGCCGACAAACUGCAACGCAGCCGCAAUGUUGCCAGGAAAUGGUGCUUCGCUUGGAGGCGUGCGACAUUUUAGGUCACGGAGCUGACAGGAAUGGCUUCCUUGGAAGCUGGGAUGCAUGGACACAAGUUGGCCAGGUGGUGCAUUGCGAUGGCACGCUCCGGAAGCUAUGUUUCAUGUCGCACACAAGAAUGCCUUGGAGCACAGUCCUCGUCUCUGCAGCUUUUCUAACGGUCGAGCUUUCGGUAUCCGCCAUGGAACGCUCCGAACGCUCCGAGGAGUUGCGACUAUUUCAGGCCUUGGGACUUGAGAUUCCUAGCUGGCGCCGGCGCCUGAUGGGUGCCCUGCUGGAAGGACCUGAUGGCACGCAACAGAGACUCUGUGCAGGCACGCGGAACCGCACCACUCAGGCGAAGGCGCUUCCCGAGCCGGUCGACGCUUAUGGGGGUGCUUCAGGUACAUCCGAUAGAGCUGCCCUUGCGAAACGUCAAGAAGCCCAGAGGUGGCUGGCCGCUUCAGUGAAUAUGCCAGGGGUGGGACUUUGA